AUGUACCAAAUAAGUGAUUCAGAGGAUCUACCAGAGAAUCUUUACGUCAACGACGGGGGAUUCGAAGAUGACGAAGAAGCACGUGUACUUGCGCAGCCCAUUGUUGUAGGUUACGUUUUCGGGCCCAAGAAAAUGAGUACAAUGGGGGUCGUCAUGGCUGAAGCUUCAAAAACAAAGUUGUGUACCGACGCCGGGUUUAGCUCGCAGACUUCCGUUAAAAGUGGCCGUCGCGAAGAUGAUUACCGAAAAUUCCUGCCAAGUACAAAAAGUUCCGGCUUAACCCAAGCAAGUCUGGUUUCCCAUGAGCAGCAUCGUCAGAGUCUGGAACUCAGCAGCCACACUAUAGCAUUGGAAGGAAGCUGCCAAAGUGCAACCUCCUCAAGAUGUGACAAAACAGGUCAUGACAAGAAGCAAGCCAUAGUUUUUACAAUAGGAGAAAACUCCUACAAAGAGGGUAUUGGCCUUCAGAAUAUUGUCCGGUAUUUUCAGUCGUCGUGCUCUUCAAUCGCUGACGGUUCGGAGUCGACUGGAACAUGUACCGCUUCUACAUCGGGAAGUCAUUUCACUGCGAACACUACCCGUCCCAUUUCUAGCUCAGCAUCAUCACGCAUAGGAUCCCAGCACUAUCAGGUCCGAGUUUCUUUUGUCCCUCUAGACCCAGAGCUUCCUCUUGAAGAACAGCACGGGGGGAAAAUGGAUAUCAUUCUUCACAAGCUCACCGAAGAUAUUUUAUGUCUUUCACAGCUUACUUUGGAGCAUCCGCAACUCAAGAGCCAAAUAGCGUAUAGCUCAUUUGCCGACAUUAUUAGAGACGGCAAUCUUUGCAUCAACACUAACGAGCAGGCAGCCUUACGACGGGUUCAUCGACUUUGCCAGUUUCAAAAGGAUCAUCCAGAGUGCUGCCUCGUAGAUAAUCCGGUUUCUGUACAGACCCUCAUGUCACGGGCCGAUAUUGCAGACACCCUGAAACGUUGCCUUCGAAGCGUUCAAUCGACAAGUGGGAUACCGGUGACAUCACCAAACUAUGCCGUGAUUGAUGCCAAGGUGCAAAGGGGUACUACUCAUUCUAUUGCUGGUAGCAUUAGAGACGCCAAGGUUUCUUUCCCUGUUAUUGUGAAGCCUCUAACAGCAGCUGGGACAAAGGGCAGUCACGCCUUGGCAGUGCUAAUGGAUGCGUCAGCAUUGGAUCGUAUUGCAGACAAAGUGCCCUGUCUGUGUCAAGAAUAUUUAAACCACGAUGCUUUCUUGUACAAAGUAUACGUAAUGGGUGAUCUUGUCAGCGUCCACAAGCGACGAUCGCUCCCAAAUUUGCCUAAGGAUCGAGUCAGCAGCUACAGCUACGUUGAUUUCGACUCGCAACGGCCCUAUCCUCGUCUGUCAGAAUUUGGCUACGCAAAAACUUGUGAAGUACCCGUGACGCACAGCUAUCAUGGAGAGAAGCGAAGGAGAUCAUUAGAGACAGAGCCGUUGGGAGGAAGACAUAUGCCUCUACGGCCAGUCGUAAGCAAAGAAGAGGUUCAACCGAUAGUGGAUGCUCUCAAAGCAGCCUUCGGACUAGAGCUUUUUGGGUUUGAUGUGUUGGUGACCUCGCCACGGCAAGCUGAUUUAUUGGAACGGCACAUGCUUGUCGUCGAUGUCAACUAUUUUCCAUCCUAUAAGGAAGUACCCAAUUUUCCCGCGCUUCUCGCCCAGUAUCUGACCAAUCGAGCGAUACAAAGUAGGCAGCGAAUUGCGGGGCAGGCCAAUUUCAAAAAUUUCAAUAGCUAG